CUCACUUCCGUUGCCUCCUAAUUUAUUAAUAAAAAAAAUUCUAGUUUUUAUCGUGACAAUUAUGUGGACAAGUAGCAUAGUACACUUUAUGGCAUUUUUAUUCAUACAUUUUUCAAUAUCAAUAUCCCACUUAAUAUAUAUUUAAAGAAUAUCCCAUCUUCUUUUAAGAGGAAAUUAAAUUCCUGGCUGUUGCGUUCUGACAGCUGGAAUGUAUGAAACCGGAAAGGCGUGGAUGGGAGGGACGAACGGACACUGCGGUUCCUAUCAACUCGCACAAUCAACGUACACGUACUAUACAUACAUCUAGGUAACGUGAUCCUCGAGAAGCUUUCGCCAUAUUGAAUAUUCUAGGGGCAGUAGGGAUUAUACGAAGGGUGAUUCUUUGACGUACCUGAACUGAAACAUUGUAGAUCUGAUCUUCCCACAACGAAUAUUCAGUGAAAAUGGCAUCAAGAGCAGAAAAGGACAGACAGAAACAAAUUCAAGAUAAAUGUCAAGCUCUUUUAACUCAAAUGUUGCGGGACGAAGAUAACAAGUACUGUGUUGAUUGUGAUGCGAAAGGUCCGAGGUGGGCGUCAUGGAAUCUAGGAAUAUUUCUGUGCAUUCGGUGUGCUGGUAUUCACAGAAACUUAGGAGUUCAUAUUUCCAAAGUGAAGUCUGUAAAUUUGGAUACUUGGACACCUGAACAAGUAGUAAGUCUUCAACAAAUGGGAAACAGUAGAGCUCGUGCAGUUUAUGAAGCUAAUCUUCCAGAUAAUUUCCGACGCCCUCAGACAGAUUCUUCACUUGAAGCUUUUGUUCGUGCUAAAUAUGAGCAAAAAAAAUAUAUUGCUCGAGAGUGGGUACCACCAUCUAUACCCAAGGUCAAUUGGGAUAAGGAGUUGGAUGAGGAAGCAGAGCGUCAGAGGAGGAGGAAGAAGGAAGCCAAACAGCAACAGAACAGAAAAUCAAAUACAUCUCUUGCGGAAGUCCCUGUACCGCAGCUGUUGCCAAAACCAAAGAGCUCCACAAGUCCAAAACCUGGCAGAACAGUUGCAGACCCGAAUCGCAAGUCUGCUACCCAAGAUUUGCUGGGCCUAGAUACUCCUGUGAACAGCACAGCUGGUUCAUCAUCUGCUGGUACAUCCAGUAAUGGUGAAGAUAUAUUUACUAAUUUUCUUAGUGCACCUCCUGCAACUGGUACUACUAGUGUUUCAACUUCAGACACUGUUACGGAAAGUGAAUCUAAUAAAAGUCAAGGACGAACUGCAGAAGAAGAGAGCUUUUUUAAUCAGCCAGCCCCAUCUAGCCAAGAAAAAAGACAACUAACAAAAGACUCUAUUCUUGCAUUAUAUUCUACUGGCCCAGCCCCUACUCCAGCUGUUCCAGCUUCAGUUUUUGGAAUGCCAGGUGGAGUAUAUACCCAGCAAGCCCCAGCCUUUCAGCAAGUUCCUUCUGCAAUGAAUUUUGGUUUACCUGGAACCUCAGCUCUUCCCAAUGGUAUGAUGCAAACACAAACUCUUCCUGCUACUAUAAUGCAGAAUGGAACAUUCAACACCGGUGGAGCAAUUGCUCCCCAGCAGCCUACAAUUGCAUCCAAUCCUUUCUUCAAUAUGGGUACGACUAUUGCAGCCCCAGCUCAAAACUUUCAAGCCAUGUCUCAGGAGCAUGCUUCUAGCACAGGACAAGAUUUGAUGCUCGAUUUUGGCACUGCUGUUUCUUCAGUUAAUCAGUUACCUCAGCAAAUGAACAGGCUCAAUUUGGGUGGCCCAGUUAUGUCAGCACAGCCUCAACCCAUUUUAGGGGUGGCACCCCCUUCAGUGGCAAUGGGUAUGCAGGUACCUGCAAUGGGCAUUCCUUCUGGAUUAACAGGCAGUUCUGCCACUCUUGGUAUGAGUGCCUUCCCACAGCAGCCUGGCCAGGGCCACACACUGGCCACAAAUUUAUGGCAGUAAAGACUUCAGAUUACUAGGUAAAUUUAUGAAUAAAAUUUUGUGUGGGUGAUGUGGUGCUAUGCUGUUUUGUUUUAUUUUUUUAUUAUUAUUUUUUUGCUAAAAGAUGGUAGAAAAUGAUCUUAUUUGAAAGCCUGAUAAAUAGUAUCUUAUUGUUAUUAUUUUUACCCUAUAUUACUUCACUGUUUCCUGCCUUACUGUUCAAAUAUUGCAAUAAGUCCUUUAUUUAAUGGGUUUGCAAUUGUUGCUGUAUGUCAGUGCACUGAUCAAUUGCACAUUCAAUUUUUGAUAUUAAAAAAACAUUAGGUAUUUUGAGCAGUGAAGUCUUCUAUUAAGAGUAUGGUACUUGUCUUGAGAUAAGUCUGUCUUGCCCGACAGAACAUAUUUCUAAUUCUAUUUCCAUAAUUAUUAAGGAAGUUCUGUUUUAUCUUACUGCAUAUUGUUGACUGUUCCAAAGUAUAUUGCUGUAUUGAUUAUUUUAUCUUUGUGUAGAAAGAGAUGUGAAAGCAAUAGUGAAAAAUUUUAUGAAAUCAGCUGUAUACAUUUUGAAAGUGUGGUUACUUUGAUGAGCACUUGAAAAUGUUGCUAGAUUCUGUAGAUAUUUUACUUGCAAUUUCCAAAAAUGCUGAUUUGUAUGAAAAUAAACGUCCUCCAACAGUCUCUCCCCAAGUGUGUCUUAGUUAAAUUGAGAUAAAAAAAAAGUAGUUCAUUAUGUGAAAUCUUGUUGAUUUAAAAUUUAAAAAAAAUUGCUUAGAUUUCUGGCAGUUCCUAAGUGUAUUUAAAAGCAUUUAUAUCAGUAAUAUUAAAUUAAUUAUAAUAAUAAUAAUUAUUAUUAUAAUUAAAAUGUAGUUGGUACAAAUUAUUUUUAUUAUUUGUAUCUUCCCUAUCCAAUUUGUGUUGCGAGUGAAAGUUUUGCAUGGUGAUGGAAGGUAAUGUUAAUUGUCAAAUUGUCUUGACUUUUUAAUCAAUAUAUUUUAAAGCACCAUCUAUAUGUACUUGCAUAUUUGUAGUGAUACUUAGGGACUGUUUUUGAGGCACACUAGAAAGCAGGUGUAGCAAAGGGUGCCAACACGUCAGGGAAUGUCUUGACUAUUAGCAAAAGUUAAAAACACCAAAUAAGUGUCAUGAGGAUCUCAGUGCUGAAUUGUUAUAGGGAAAAAGCAUAAUAUUAGCAUGUUGCUGUAAUGGGGGCCAUUUGGAUUAUAGAUCCCAUCUGUUUGCACUAAUGUUUUCAUGGGACUAUUUUCAAAAAAGAAUGAAUUACUUAGUGGUGGUAAACAUGGAUGAUAUUAUUGUUCAUUGUGUAAAUGUUUGUUUCAUGUAUGUAUGUAUUGUAUUGUUACAAGCAGGCAGCAGUAAUGCUGUACUUCUUUGCAAAAGUGAUUGUGGUGAAAUAUAAUUCUUUUAAAGAAUUUAUUGUACUGUAAUAAUGUAAUUGCCAUGUGCAUUUUUUGGUCCAUUUUGCAGUUAACAUGUUUCUUUAUCAUACUAAAUGAUCACUAGGAAGUAUUGAUUUCUUAUGGUACUGAAGAAGUGAAAUGUAAAAUGUAUCAGUUAAAAUUACCUAUAUCUUCAUUUCCAUUGAAUUAUUAAUUAUUUUUCAAAAUCAGAGAAGAUGAUUUCAAGUCUCUUGAAGAUGGUUAAUUGGUGUGAAUUGUCUUGUAGUAAGAUUGUUUGAUAUUGUGCCUACUUGCAAUAACUUGAUAAUAGAGAAAUUAGAAGUUUCAUUCAACUAUUUAAAUUUUAACUGCAAAAUGGAACAAAUCAUUGAAAUUUAAAUAUGGUAAGUUUUAAUUACCUUGCAAAUCAUGAAAAUUUAAAACUGUAUUUCUUUUUGUACAAUAAGGUGUAGAUAUUUUUUUAAAGAUUCCUAAAUGUUAUUUUAGUUCUAUUUAUACAUAUGCCCUCUAAAAGAUAUAUCUGCAAGUUGCAGUACAUUCUUUACAUAAAAAAUUAGUAUUCUAGUUUGGCCUAUUGAAAUUUGUUUCUGUCCCUUGAAUUUAUUGCCAUCUUAAAAUAAUUUAAUUUUCUAAGACUGAUGGUAACACACAACAAUUAUCAAAUGAUUCUUUCAAGAUUUGAAAAUAAUGUUUCAAUUACAAAUAAAUAUUAUUGCAAAUUUAAAGUUUUUUGAAGUCUGAAAAUUGUAUUCAAAAUGUUCGAUCUUGUAGGAUUGUACAUACCAAGAAAAAUCUGAAGUAUUAAAGAUUGUAAUUUAUGAAAUGUCUCUAAGCAUUAUUUUGUGUUAGACAUUUUUUGAUAAUAUUUUGUACCUACACAGAAAAGGCAAUGAGUCAUAUCAAUCUUAAUAUUUUUAAAUGGGAACCCUACUAAACAAGUUUCUGUGUACCAGAUAAUUCCAAUGUAUGAUAUGCAUCAUUAAUUUACAGGGAUUUAUGGAGAGUUAAGAUAUCUUUGAUAUCUAUGUUUUUUCAGAGGAAGAUCUUGUCAUUAGUUUCUGAUUUUAAAUGUAAAGUUGUUUGAAAAUAAAUUUGUUGUGUGUUAAUCUUUAUUGCCAAUUUUGUCAAUAUUAACACAGUUUCUUGAGUUUAUUUUCACUUGGUAGAGGUACUUAAGCCAGUGUUUUGAUAUCAUUAGACUUCGGUCUAUCUCAGCCAAAUGUUAAGUUACAGUGUACCGAGUUGUAACUUUUGUACAACCAGUAGUUUGUCUUAAAUUAAGGUGCCCAUAGCAUCUCCAACAAAAAAUUUGUAUUGUAUAGAUAUGUAAUUUCUUACAAAUAAAAAAUGUUAUAGAAGCAA